UCAUUAGCUUUUUGUUGCAAAUAUUGAAAAGGGAUUUGCAGAAAUUUUACUACCAUAUCAUCUUCCAGUAAAAGUUCCAAUCUUUUUCGGUCUAGGGUUUUCAACUCAUCGCCUUUGAAUUUGCACAUAUUUAUCCAGAUCAAAUUCAAUACUUUUAUUUCGAUUCUUUUAGAUUAGGUUAAUUUCCUCUGAUCUUAUGUUUCUGCGUCCAUGCACGAGCAAUUUAUUGGCUUUAGGUAGCCGAGCCUGAGCUGUAUUCAAGUUUGUUGAUCGUUCAAUUUUGGGGGAGACGUAUUUAUUUAUUGUUGUAAUGUGGAGCUUGGUUUCAAAGUAAUUGUUUGAUCUUAGCCUUUUCAUGUUCUUUUUAUAGAUUAUUAAGUUGUUGUUUCAUUGGGUAGAAAUUAGAAAGUUAAUCAAUUUGAUAGAUAGUAGCCAAGUGAAUGUAUACUUCAGGAAUGGAUUAUGACCGAGAAAUUGGUGGUGGUGCCACUGCUGCUGGUGCAGGCACAAUGCUAAUACCAACAAGGUUUGUGUGGCCUUAUGGGGGAAGAAGUGUAUAUUUAAGUGGUUCUUUUUCAGGGUGGUCUGAACAGUGGCAGAUGACCCCAGUUGAGGGUUGCCCUACUGUGUUUCAGAUGAUAUGCAGUUUACCACCUGGUUACCAUCAGUACAAAUUUAUUGUUGACGGCGAGUGGCGGCAUGAUGAGCACCAACCUUUUGUAACUGGUAGUUACGGUACUGUUAAUACUGUUGUAUUAGCUAGGGAGCCAGAUUAUAUUCCUACAGUCCUGAGUCCGCAGAUGACUUGUGGUUCAAGCAUGGAUGUGGACAAUGAGGCCUUUCAGCGUGUGGUGAGGGUCUCAGAUGGUAUAUUACAUGAGCCAUUGCCAAAGAUAUUAGAAGCAGACCUGGAGGUAUCCCGUCACCGGAUUUCUGCAUUCCUGUCUACACACAUGGCUUAUGAGGUCCUUCCUGAUUCGGGCAAGGUCAUUGCCUUAGAUGUCGAUUUACCUGUAAAGCAAGCAUUUCAUAUUCUUUAUGAGCAGGGGAUCACUAUAGCUCCUCUUUGGGAUUUCUGCAAGGGGCAGUUUGUUGGAGUUCUAAGUGCGUUGGAUUUUAUUUUAAUCAUGCGGGAGCUUGGUAGUCAAGCAUCCAAUCUGACGGAGGAAGAACUUGAAACACAUACUAUUUCAGCCUGGAAAGAAGCAAAGUUGUAUCUGAGUAAACAAACUAAUGAGCGUGGGAAAGCAUUUUCAAAAAGGCUAGUCCAGGCUGGACCAGAUGAAAAUUUGAAAAAUUGCGCCUUAAAGAUACUGCAGCAUGGGCUGGCUACAAUUCCCAUCAUUCAUCCAUCCGCAGAGGAUGGUGCAUGUCCACAGCUAUUGUAUCUUGCUUCUCUUUCUGAAAUACUAAAAUGUGUUUGCAGAUAUUUCCGACAUUCUGCCAGUUCAUUGCCCAUACUCCAGCAACCAAUUUGUACCUUUCCUUUGGGUACAUGGGUUCCAAAAAUUGGAGAACCAAAUAGACAACCAUUCGCGAUGCUGAGACCAAGUGCUUCUCUUAGUGAAGCAUUGAAUUUGUUUGUGCAAGCUCGCGUUAGCUCAAUUCCCAUCGUUGAUGAAAAUGACUCAUUGUUGGAUGUAUACUCUCGGAGUGAUAUUACUGCAUUGGCUAAAGACAAAGUUUACACGCACAUUAACCUUGAAGAAAUGACCAUUCAUCAAGCAUUGCAAUUGGGACAAGAACCAUACUCUUCUUAUGGGGCAGCUGGUCAAAGAUGUAACAUGUGCCUGCGCUCAGAUUCUCUUCACAAAGUGAUGGAACGAAUGGCAAAGCCAGGGGUAAGACGGCUAGUGAUCGUGGAGGCUGGAAGCAAGCGUGUAGAAGGUAUCAUAUCCCUAAGUGACAUAUUCAGGUUCUUGCUUAUAAGCUAGUGGAUGGAUGCAACAUCUUUCAAGAAAACAAUCUGAGGUGUUUGUUAGCAUAUGAUGGAAGAAUAGAAUAGGGGAUCGAAGUAAUAAAUUUGAUGAUCGGAAGCCAACGUGUGUAGGUGGUUCCUUCUUUUUCAACAAUUUGUGAUUGAUGUUGUUGCGUCCAUUUUGUCCCUAAAUUUAAACAUUAAAGUGUAACCACAGAUUUAUAUGUAAACAGAAUUGCAGCAAAUGGUCCCAGGUUGGUGGGUAUUGUUGGUCGAAUCGUUGCAGGUUGGCGGUGUCAGGUGACACCACCGUAGCAGAUGGAGCGGUUGGUGCAAUGUCACUUUCUGCCAGAUUUUC